CAGUCUCCAACUCCAACCGGCAUCGGCCAUCACCGACAAUCCAAAUUGUAAAGAGUUGUAAAACAAAGAGAGAGUCCAUUUGAGAUACAAAGACUUGGCUUCCUCUGAUUGAGCUGCUUUUCGUACAAGAACAUUCAACAUUGAAAACAUUGAAGUAUUUUCAGUGUCUUACAAGCCACACACUAUACUAUACAUUUUUCUUCCUGCUUCAUAUUUGUUUAUUUUCGUAACAUAUACCAGAGAUAGCUGUCAUACAAUGCCUCAAGAUGCUUCUAGUAUUGAAGCACAGCAUAAAAGAGCAGGUCUCUUAAAAGAUCAGGUUCGGCUGGUCAAGAGAAAGGAUUGUGAUUGCUAUGAGAUUGUUUCAAUCCAAGAACCUUUGUCUUUUGAGAAGGGGUUUUUUGUCGUCAUCCGUUCGUGCCAAUUGUUGGCACAAAAAAAUGAUGGAAUGAUAUUGGUAGGAUUAGCGGGUCCUUCUGGAGCAGGGAAUACUGUAUUUACAGAAAAGAUACUCAACUUCAUGCCCAGCAUUGCCACCAUAUCGAUGGACAACUAUAAUGAAGCUAGUAGAAUUGUUGAUGGCAACUUUGAUGAUCCGCGCUUGACAGAUUAUGAUACGUUACUCCAGAACCUUCGCGAUUUGAAGGAAGGGAAAGCAGUUCAGGUUCCCAUCUAUGAUUUCAAGGCUAGUUCCCGAGUAGGAUACAGGACCCUUGAAGUUCCCUGCUCCCGCAUUGUAAUUAUUGAGGGCAUCUUUGCUUUGAGCGAAAAGUUGCGACCUAUGCUGGAUCUUCGAGUAUCUGUCACAGGUGGAGUUCACUUUGACCUUGUUAAACGAGUCCUACGAGACAUACAGCGUGCUUGCCAAGAACCUGAAGAAAUAAUCCAUCAAAUAUCUGAAACUGUAUAUCCAAUGUACAAGGCGUUCAUCGAGCCAGAUCUCCAUACAGCACAAAUAAAAAUCAUUAACAAGUUCAACCCAUUUACUGGAUUUCAAAGUCCUACUUAUAUUUUAAAGUCAGCAAGAAAGUUCACUGUCGAUCAAAUUAAGAGUGUCUUAUCUGAAGAUCAUACAGAGACAGAGGAGCAGACUUAUGAUAUAUACCUUCUACCUCCUGGCGAAGAUCCUGAAUCUUGCCAAUCAUAUCUGCGAAUGCGGAAUAAAGAUGGAAAAUACAGUCUCAUGUUUGAGGAAUGGGUAAUAGACAUUCCAUUUGUCAUAUCUCCAAGAAUUACAUUUGAAGUUAGUGUGCGCCUUCUUGGUGGGUUGAUGGCCUUGGGUUAUACGAUUGCAACCAUCCUUAAAAGAAACAGCCAUGUAUUCUCUGAUGAUAGAGUUUGUGUGAAAAUUGAUUGGCUAGAACAACUAAAUCGUCAAUAUUUUCAGGUGCAAGGAAGAGACCAUUCAGUUGUAAAAUGUGUUGCUGAGCAGCUUGGUUUAGAAGGUUCAUAUAUUCCACGUACCUAUAUCGAACAAAUCCAAUUGGAAAAGCUUGUAAAUGAGGUUAUGGCCCUACCUGAGGAUUUGAAGACAAAGCUCAGGCUAGAUGAGGAUCUGGUGUCAAGCCCUAAAGAAGCACUCUUGGGAGCCUCUGCAAAAAGGGUUUUCUUGAGAAAUAGGCAUCUCAAAAGUGGUAUGUCACAUUCAUAUUCAACUCAAAGGGAGAAGAAUAUGUCGAACUUUGCUGGAUAUAAUGUGAACAACCGGAUUUUUGGUGAGCGAAAUUCAGGGUCAGCUCUAGCAAAUGAGGGAGUCAUCACUCAGCUUUCGGAACAUAUAUCCUCUUUGAAUGAUAGAAUGGAUGAAUUUACGAUGCGUAUUGAAGAGUUGAAUUCCAAGCUAGCCAUCAAGAAUUCUACUUCCAGCCAGCAAAACUUGGCUUUUCAAGCCGAAACAUGCAAUGGCUCUGCGCCAACUUCUCACUUCAUCAACGGUUUAGGAAGCGGUUCCAUUAUGCCCAAUUCCUUAUCAUCCUCCCAGCUGGCUAAGGAUUCACCUAUAAUGGAAGAGAUAUCCAGUGUUGCGCGGGGACAACGACAAAUCAUGCAUCAGUUAGACAACCUUAGUAAUCUCCUUCAUGAGAGAAUUGGAGAGAGGUCACAGCAAGCUAAUGCAAGAAAGAAGAACGCGACGGCUGUAGAUUGAGAUCCUAUUAAAAUUCCUCUAAUUUUAACGACAUUGGCAAUUGGCGGUCUGGGAAUCAUCUUAUAUAGGGGCAUUUUAACCCGAGGCUGAUUCAAUCGUAUUUUUGCACACAUUUAAUACCUUUUUUAAAAAAAAAUCUUCUUUUGCCCCACCAAAUGCUUCUUGUUUUUGCAGCAUUACUCUUUUCUUGGGGCAUUUUUUGCCUUCAUUUGGUGGGAUCUUCUUGCUUUGCCAUUUUGGGGCUGUUGGCAAAGUCUCAUUU